GACUUGCCACGCCGUCAUGUUUUGUAAUAAUAGUGCAGUGGUUUUAGAAAUUAUUGUGAGAGUCUCCCGCCGUUAAAUUGCUUGUCUUUCACUGUUAGUUUCCAUGUCUAAUGUCAAUGUUUCUGUCACUCUAGUAGUUUUGUCCUUAUUGUUGUGAUUGCCAUGACUUGCAGGUGAUUUUUCAGAGUCACCGAUUGUUUUGUUCAAUGGUUGAGUAUUAUUAAGAAUCUUCUUUAAUAAUAUAGUUAUUUAAUAAGUAAGUUUGUACCACUCCAUGCUAGUGUUAGGAUUUAAAGUUUAUUUUUGUUGGGAUGCACUUUGUAUAGAGCCUACUUUUCCUAGACAGUUUUAUUUUAAACUGCAGAAAACUUUGUCGACGUUUACUUUAUAGGUGCAUUCUCUGGCAACAUUCCUGCAGAAUUAGGUUUCUAAAACUAAAAUUUUGAAUGUUUCAACUUCAAGCGACCUUCAAUUCUCAAAUCCGAGGAAACUUUGUUCGACUUGAGAUAUUGUCAAAGUCGGUGACUUCACACUUUUUAUUCUCAGGUGCAGUCCAACUUCAUAUUCCAUUUCUGCCGCUUAAAUCAAAAUUAUAUUAGAAUGGGACUUUAAAAUCAGGGAUAACACUGAAUUUAAAACCAAUGAUAACAUUGGAUUGACUUCUUUGACGGCGAUAAAGUAAUACAUGGUUAUUUCCGUUUGGUUUCUUUUGGAGAUUGGAGCUCUUUAACGACCGUUUAGAUUUCAAUGUUUACUGUUAUUAAACGAUCGCUAAAUUUCCGUGUCGUAUUGAGACUAAGAUGCUCAAAAAUUCAAAAUACUCGGCCUGAUCUUUAAUCCAUGCUUGAUAAGCUAUAAAGCCUCGACGUCGGCAUAUUUACUGCUCUGUGUGGGACUAAAAGUCAAACAAUUCCUGGAUUCUAUUCAAGCAAGUGUUUAACAUCAGCUAAACUUGGAGAGUUCGGUACACAUGAAACGAUGGACAUUGGUCUGUGUUAAUUCUGAGACGGCACUGCCACGGUGCUUCAUCAAUCAGUAUGUUGAAUAAUCAUUGUCGAAUAAUUAUCGUUGAAUAUACUUUGUGCUCGUAUAUUAAUAUAUCGAUAUGUAAUCUAGAGUAAGCUGUUUUGUAUAGAUUGGUGUCAGUAGUUAGAGAGAAAUUGUAAUGGUAAUAAAAGUUGGCUUCCUUAGAAUUAAGUACCAUUGUAUCUGGCUUGAGACUGGUUGUCAUGCCUCCCACGUGACCUUCCGCACCACUUAUACUUGUUAUACCGCUUUAAACUUAAAAUAAAGUUAAACUCCCCCUGCUUAUCACUCCUCAACUGUGAACAGUCCCUUUAAUUGAUUUCAUAUCAGGGGAUCGUUAACUAGAAGCUUUAACGGUAGGUCGACUCCGACUGCUCUACUGCGUUUCAGUGCUUGUCGAAUUUUUGUAAAACUCCCGACAUUACUUCUACGUGUUUAAAUUAGUUUUUUCUGCGGUAACGUGUUCACUUCAUGUUUAGGAGAUUUUUAUUCUAAAUCGCAAAAUUUGUUUCGUCUAAAUCUAAAUCUUUUAAAUGUUUUGAUUUGCUGAAUAUGUGAUAUAUGUUGAGAAAUAUGAGAUGUUUUCAAUUGACAAUUUUAUGAUUUUGUAAUAAUCGCUAGUAUGCACUGGCUUUUAUUUUGUCCUGAAAUUCAAGAAACCUUCUAAAGUAGCUAUUAGCUGAAUUUAAGCUCAAUGCGCAACAAAUAAUUCAAAAAAAGAGAUUAUUUUCGAUGAUAGUAAAUAAAAAAAUCAUCAAAAACCAGGCACUGAAAUGGUGCAGAUGUCGUCCACUUCAUCUCUUCCAGAUCUUAAAACCCGAAAUGAAGUUUCUAACUCCCGAAAUGAUGUCCCCAAAUCACGUGAUUUGGAGUUGGAGGAUGUUGACGAUUCUCGACUGUACAAUAACUCCUCGGAGGAUCAGAGAUCCUCUCUAUACCUUCAAAACCACGCUGUUACAAAUAGUGAUAAAGCGUGUGAGGUCCUCAGAAACUCAGUAGAAGACGCAGUAAGGGAUCUCAGACAAAGAGCUACCCUCCUAGAAGCAGGUAUCGCACAAAGAAAGGAGAAAGUCCUGAAGUCUUUAGUGCAGGGCAAAAACGUCAAUAUCUCAUCGUCUUCUUCUUCUUCUUCUUCAGCCAGCUCGACCCUGAGUGACUUGUUCAAGCUGCUGGAUCGUCGAAAUUACAUAAAAAUAUCGAACGGUGGAGCUUCUAUAGUGGACUACAAAGAGUUUAUGUUUUUCGACAGAGGCUCAGCCCGGCACCUGAAUCACUCUAUCAAGACACUUGGAGAUCCUUCUUUUAACGUGUCUUACAGCAGAGAUUACGAUGCUAUUGCUCUUAAUCCGGAGAUAUUCGGUUCACCCGGCAAUAAACUGGACGAGUUCCGCGGGCCGACAGCUAUAACCACGGAUGCUCGUCAUACGUACGUGUGCGACAGUAUGAACUGUAGGAUCGUUGUUUAUUCAGACGAUAAUCAGCCGCUCUAUUCCAUCGGUCAAAAAGGUCAAGCCAAUGGAGAGCUGGACAGGCCGAGCAGUGUCGCUGUGGAUGAGACCGGACAAUUGUACGUAGCGGACUCUUUUAACGACAGAAUAUGUAUCUAUUCCACUGAGGGGGACUGGAAAUUCAAUGUUGGGGGACGCGGGAAGUUGAACAAGCCACGAGGAGUUGCAUGUGCUAAAAACGGAGAGAUAUUCGUCGUCAGUGACACGGGGAAUCAGCGCAUAUUGGUGUACUCCGGCAGUGGUACUUGUAAGGGAAACUUCGGGAAACUGGGGAUGAAAGAAGGGCAGUUCGUCAGACCACAGGGAAUCGAGAUACACGAUAACAAAGUGUACGUGUCCGACUCUUUUAACUAUAGAAUUCACAUAUUCGACAUCGAGGGGAGACUCUUAGAUAGCAUUGGGAAGCAGGGUAGCGAGGCGGGAGAGUUUGAAGAACCACGUGACAUUGCUAUUGAUACUAACGGGAACGUUCUGGUAACGGACACCAAGAAGAACAGUCUUCAGAUAUUUGAUAAAAACGGCAGCUUUAUCAGGGAAUACGGGUCGACGGGGAAUGGAGUUCAUCAAUUUGACGGUCCGGAAGGAGUGCACUCCGACGAAAUAAACAGAGUGUUUAUAGCUGACAGGAAGAACGACAGAAUUCAGAUCUUAUGAACACUCAGGGUUCAGAUCUUAUGAACAUUUAGGGUCCACAUCUUAUGAACAUUCAGAAUUCAGAUCUUAUGAACAUUCAAGUUCCAGAUCUUAUGAACAUUCAGAAUUCAGAUCAUAUGAACAUUCACAUUCAGAAUUCAGAUCUUCACAAUCAGAAUUCAGAUCUAAAAAAACGAAGAAGUUUUAUCUUAUGAACGCUAAGACUUAAUAUAAACUCUCAGCGUUCGAUUAGGGUCGAUUAUAAGAUAGCAUACAGAAAACUUGUUAAGCACAGCUGUGCACAGUUCUCAAGUCUCUACCACACCUUCAACCAUUGAGAUCACACCGGGGUUGAGUCUGUUAGAGACCAUCGCACUGGUCUUGGAUUUGUGGCUAAUUUGAUAGUUCGUUCGGAAUCUUAAUGUUAAAAAGUGAAACAACGAAUUUUAUAUUAUAUUUUUUGAAGCGAUUAAAUAAUUGUGAUCUCACUAAUCUAUUAUUGAUAA